AUGCGCGAUCUGUGGGACAGAAGCAAGGCUCUGGUGGAGCGCAGCAGCCACAUUGUGCCCAUGCGUCUCCGCCUCGGUGGAGUGGCCAAUGGCAUGACUGUCGGCACCCGAACCGAAAGACCAGUCAUGGUGAGGGCCAUGACGAGCCUUGUUGGCCCCAACUACCGCAUUCAGCAGGGUGAGCAUCUGCGCCUGAUAGACACUCGCGAAGACGCACGGCUCUGGAAGGUGCAGACUUCCACUGGCAUUGCUGAAGUUCCCUCUGUCUGCUUCUGGUUGACUGGAAAUGACCUUGAAGCCACCAAUCGAGCCAUUGCAGUCAAAUCGAAGUGCCGUACUGUUUGGUUUCAACUUCUGGAGCGUGACGGACAACGCCUGUACGAGAACUUCACAAUGCUCAUAACACAACUGGCUUCUGAGGAGCAGCUCUACUGUACCAACUAUGAUACUUUGAACGAUCUUCUGCAAGAUAUGGUGCUUCUUCUACCAAACUCUGGUCUAAAUGACGGAAGACUUCAAGCUGCCGUUGAAAAACUUCAAAGAAAAGUAAUUAUGAUACAUGCGAUGGAACAGAUUCCUACGUCUGGAUUGGUUCUUCAAGAACCGGAUCUUUUUCGAAUGCGGGCCCCUCUUUUACAUCUACAGGACCACCUGGAAGGCAUCCAUAAGAUGGAAGCGGAAUUGACAAUCAUUGACAAGCAUAUUGCAGAAUAUCUGAGCGAAGUGGACAAUGAGAGUGAAAAUGUUUACAGCAGCAUUAAACUCCUAGAGUCUCUGUUGGAGAAAAGUCAUAUCCACCUGAAGGAUAUCAUGGACGAGCUGGGUCAGUGGAGAAGCGCUUCGCCUCUCCAUGAAAUGCGAAUGAAAAUCAUCAGUGCGCCGAAGGCCAAACAUUUCAUGGAGUAUUAUCCCGAGCUGGCUGAAGCUCCGCAAUUUCCGCUGGGACGCUUGCCAAGUCACAGCCAGUCCGGCAAAGAUAAACGCAGAAAAUCGACAAAGCGGUCGCAAAGUGGGCCUACGCAGCUCUCAGUACUGACGCAGAUCGGACGUGACAGUAACCAAUUCGCUAGUGAGGUGCACAAUGUCAAACUUCGAAGGCUUGAUACGGGACCGAGUAUCUAUAUCAAUCCCGAGGAAGCAAACCUCAAGCCUUAUGCCAUUAUGAGUAGCAACUACGUGAAUAACGCUUCACAGGGCCGUCUUGCUAACGCAUCAUCUCGAAAGGCAGUCAACGUUCGCAGGCAACAGGGCAUUGUAAAACGGGACCAGGCUUGUAGUCCCACCAGAGAUCCAUCCGGAGACUGUCCUCUGUGUCAUCAGCCAACAAAGAUAGCACCUGGACGGACCCAGCGCUAUUCUGAACGACGCUACUACGACGAAGCAGAGGCUCUGUAUAGCGGAACGGAGAUGCAAUCGAUGAUUGAAUUUCAUCAGAUUUCCGAGGAAAAACCCUCAGUCCCCUCCUCCGAUUUUUUGAUUUGCAAACGCAUCCAGGUAGGUUAUCCCAGCCUGAAUCCAAAAGCAAAUCUCUUCACGCAAGUUAAUGUUUACAAGAAUGCAGAGGACGUUAAAGUGGGUGACACAGUCGGGCCGCGAGGGAGAAUGAGAAUACAAGCUUUGCCGUCCAAGCCUACCAUGAACUCCUACGCGCAAAUCACCGUCUGCCCGAUCACAAAAGCGAGGUCGAUAGCAACACUAGAAUACGAGACCGCAGUUUAUCAAGAUAAGAAGAUUCAAUUUGAGGAUUUGGUUCCUCCUGUGCUGAUGCCCACGCGACAGGAGCCCGUCUUUGCGCCAGUACCCAGUCCAACACCCUCGAUGCACGAGGCUGGCUGUGAAUGCAAACCAGUCAUGCAGGACUCUUCUUGUCUGGCAAAGUCAGUGCCGAUGAUAUACGAUGCAAGUGAUCAGACGACUCCGAUUCCGUCUCCUGUCGAAAAAAUGCUUCAGGUGGACUUAAAAGUGUCUCCCGAACCCACUCUAAUGGUCUCAACCUUGCUGCAGACUGUUCAUCCAUCUGUUCAGGACUUCACUACUGAUCCGUGUCCCGGAAAGGAAAUGUUCGAUGCUGGCAUUCAAAUCUUGAUGCCUGAAGCGGAUAUAAUCCGGGCAGAACCUGUUCCUGUUGUUCAUUCAGCGCCUCCGGCACCAAUGGUGGAGUAUGCUGACGCAGGGUGCGACGUUGUUUCAGGGCCAGAACUAAAGGACGCCUUCUUCCAGACCGAUCAAGCACCGAUGUUUGGUAAACAGCUGCAAGUCUCCACGACAAAACUUCAUAUUGAUUGCUGUCAGACCGAGAUCACCUUACAGCCCUCAGUCUCCUCCCUUGGAGUACAGGCCGAAGCAACUGCAGAACCUGCACCGGUCAUUACGCCUGUCAUUGCACCAGUUGUGAAGGCGGCGCCGCCGCUGCCAGCGGCUGAUACUGAAGACAGGGGUUGUGAUGCGGUCUCCGGAACUCAGUACUGGGACGCCUUUGUGCAGGCAGAGUUACCAGCAAAACGACCGCCAUGCAGAGGAGUUCGUAUGCAAGUCGGAAUGUCUGCUACCGCCUUGAGGGACGUAUCUAACCAGUCUAUACCUGUUGUUAUGGUUGGAAGCACGCAGACCUUGGACCAAACUAAGGUCGAAACUAUGCCGCCCAUGAAACGCAUCGAUGACGAUAAUAUCUUCUCAUUUACUCGCGAGACCGCUGCUCGUGUAACACAUACCAGUUCACCAAAUUCCUCGGGACUGAUCCCCUAUAAGACGCAGGUCUUUGCCUCUCCAAAGCAAAUCUCAGCUAGUGUGCCUACAAACCUGAACGUUCGUGCCGAGGGAGGCAACGUGACCACCACCUCCACCACGGAGCAGCUCACCUAUCGGCAAGUAGCCAUCUGCUCUUACCAUCCUCGUCGUUAUGCAAUAGGACUACGCUCACUAUCAUCUGGCAACUUGCACACUCGCAGAAAUAGGUCUGCCGAAAAGAUCGACGGUUAUGCGACACAUAAAAAUCGGGGCAUGUGUCGAAACUUUGUCAGUGACCACGAACUCUACACUGGCACCGCAUGUGGACAUUGUAGUCAGCAUGCAGCUCUUCAGCAGUACGAAGACCAGCACCGGUGUACUGACACACUGGCAGCCUACGUCCGACGGCUGGGCUAUGAGACAGUUCAUCGCACUCUUGUGCAAGUUGCCCGAGCUCUGGAACUGGAGGAACUAGAAGUCACCUCUUACGCAGAGCACAUCCGCAGCAAACGACCUCGUCUCCAGAAUACCCAAACACAAUACACUUCCACAACUAACCUCAUGAAUGCCUAUCCAAGCUACUCCUCGCCAUCAGCGUUCCCGGGCAAACAUUUAGUAGGGUGGAUUAGAAAGGCAAAAUAUCUGUCUGACCUGGUUCGUCCUCGCAGACAGGAAGCCACUUCCGGUGAGUUUAUGAAGAGCCACGCACUCUCGGCCUACUGCUGUGAUGCAGAACUCCAGGAGUCCGGAAUCAAGACCAAUUACUCCACCUACGAUGCAUUCACUUUUGUCUCCUGGCAGGCUACUGAACGCGGUCGUGGGCGACUGGAGUUGACAACACCUGGUCGACUGCUGAAGCUGAACUUGGUCGGAGCUCGGUUACCGGGUUCAGGUGAGAUUUUGGCAGCAGCCGACGCCUUCUAUCGCGGCAUCCUUCGGAUAGUCUACUUCAACGAAGAAAUGUCAACCAUGCUCUCGCUUCCGGCGGCCAUCAACACUGGUCAAGUUAUUGUUGAGAAGCAAUAUCCUCCGGGCGUCGGCAUAGCUAUUCGCGGAGAUCAUAACAGGUACCCGGUGGAAUCAGAAGUUGUUUGGACUACACCAGAAUUGCGUCAACGAUCCUACAAGGUUAACUACAUUCAGAAGUCUGAAACCGAGAAGGUUGACGUUCUUACUGCGUUGGAAGAGGGAAUCAUUGACCAAUACAGUGGAGAGAUCCUCAACAUCACACUAGGACCAUCUGCGAGCAUGGUGGAGCGAAUUCAAGAGGCAAGAGAGUCAAGCGUUGGAUCUGGUGACACCGUUCUAAGAGUGCGAAAUCCAGAACGAUUCAGCAUAAAUGAGGCAAUACUUAAUGGAAUUCUGGAUGUCGAGUUCAACGGCCAGGAGACGAGUGUACGUGCCGAUUUAACAACCAAGGGUACGCAGGACUCUAAUGGUUCCAAAUCGGACUCUGGAGAGCUUACAGAAGUUGACAGUUAA